AGGCUCUGGGAAGUCAGUACACUCAUGUUUCUCUUCAGAUCGUAUAAAUCUUUCGCCUUUUACUAAAGAUUUCCGUGGAGAGGAACAACAUGAGUUCAACCUAAUUUUUUGAUGCCCUGCCUAGUGCGGGGCUUCCUCUACUGUCAAAGAAAGUCGCCUACAAGACUACAGUGAGUUAUACUUCCACGUGUCUCCACUGAAGGGACGUCUGGAAAUGCAUGGACUGUUUGAUCUCGACUCUUCACGCCACCCUAUGGAAAUCUUCAAGACACAGAACCUACUGAAUUGCAUUUCUGCGGCAGUUUUGUGUCUCUUGAGCUGACUGUAUUAAAUAGCAUAGUAUUAUUCUUUAAUAAUACUAAUGUUUUACAAAUUCUACUUUACAUUCUUGCACUGGUGUUAUGCUGUGUUAUAUUAAGUGUGGGUGUUUUCACGUGUGUCGUAAAGUGUGUUUGUGAGUGAGAUUUUUAAAAGAUUGUUAUGCCUGUCGAGGAAAGAGUGAAAGACGAAAGAGUAAGCAUUAUGACUUAACAAAAGUGACCAAAAUAAUAACUAGUAUAAAAUUAGAGCAGAGAAGAGAAAAGAAGUAGGUGGCAGGAAAGAAAAAAAGUAAUAAUAAUAAUAUUAAUAAUAAUAAAAUAAUAAUAAAUAAAAAUUUAAAAUAUAAUAUAAUAAUAACAAUAAUAAUAUAAUAAUAUAAAAAUAAUUAUAAUGAUAAUAACAAUAACAGUUACAAUAUUAAUAAAAUAAUAAUUAUUAUAACAACAACAUUAACAAUAAUAAUGAUAGUAGUAAUAAUAAUAACGAUUAUUAUCAUUAUUCUUAUCAUCACUUUAAUAAUGAUAAUAAUAAAUACUACUACUACUACUAAAGUGAUAAUAAUAAUAAAUAGGUAGGUAAACAAAUAAUAGAAAAGCAGGUGAAUUUAUAAUAUAUAUAUUUAUAUACACACACACAUACAUAAUCAUAAUGAAAUUAAGUGAAUAAAUAAACGUGGUAGGGUAUCGUAGUGAUACAUAUAGAAUAAAUGAUGCUAUACAUUACUAUGUAACUAUACUAUUACUUACUAUUACUGGUGCAUUACUUCCCUCGAGGUAUGACAUUAAACAUCAUUUUUGUUGACUGAGCCUGCUUGAUUGUAUUUCACAUUAAAAUCCAGUAGAGGGCGCACACACAUCAACUACAGUGCAGUGAAGUAGUGUUUGCCUGACAAUAGUAAUUCAUGCACAUUUACAAAUCAAUGGACAUCAACUCUGAGGUUUUGUUUUACACUCAUAAUGCUUUCAUAAUUUAUUUAGUUGUAAAAGCCUCAAAGUGCUGCCGUACACCCAUCAUCCAUUAAGAGUUCAGCCCUAUUUCUGACCCUUUUUCACUUCAACAUGUUUGUUUUUGUCCAGUUAUUUCCAGUGUUUGUAAUUCUUCAGUGAGCCACCGCUUUGCCACAUUUGUCUUCCCACCCCUCUGCGAGCGGAGCACCAUAAAAAAAGCGUACAUAAAUAUCAAGAGCGCAUCAGGGAAGUAUUAUCAGUCACACUUCCCAUUUCUUGUGGCCUUUAGUGCUAUAAUGUAUCAGCGACUGCCUGUCUCGGUCAAAUAACACACACGCACACACAGAGAUACACACUCCCGCAAACACACACACACACACACUCAGAACAGGAAACAAGAGUGAGGCAGGGGAGCAGAAACCGUACAUGAGAGCUGCUGCAGUUUCAGCUCUUCUGACUCUCAUGACUUGCACACAAAACUGCUUCAAGAAGGUUUGGAGACAUCUCAUGACGGGACAUUUUGGGGAACAUAAUCAGGUAAGCAGAUGUUAGAUUAAUCCCAGAAUUAAACCUCAGGGUGUGACAGUUUAGGAUCUGACUUUUCUCACUUUUGAGUUAAGUUUUAGAUUGAUGAUUUGCUCUCAUUUACAAAGCAGCAUCCUUACAUUUUAAAGCAAUUCUGUACUAAAACUACACGAUUCAACAUGAUACUGUGAGUUGUAAUUGAGUCUUAGAGCUUUUUAAAGUCAAUUUGCUGUAUAUAUAAUGGUCUAGUUUAAUGUAUUUUUUGUGUUAAACAUAUUUCUCUGAGCUUUUGAUAGAAAACACAAUUAAAAGUUGAAUAAUUUCACCCAAAAAUGCAAAAAUAUCAAUACACAAAAGCUCAGAUUAUACCUUCAUUUAUUCUUUUUUGAUCCCCUGUAUUUGUGAUUUAUUCCUGUGUAGUUGAAUACAGUUUAAACAUGUCAACAGAACAUAUCUGAGCAUUAUUUCCGACACACCUUUUUGUCUCUUUGUGUUUUGUCGGUGUAGGAGAAAAACAGAGAGCCGUAAACACCGAGUGAUUCAUGGAUGAACAGAGCCUGAUAAAACAAACUGAGAUUGCAGCGUGACGUCGGGGCGAUGCUGACUCGAGGCUGGUGCAGGCUUCCUGUUUUGUGGCGGAGCAGUUUUCAGUCUGAUGCUCUCGUGGUCUGUGAGUGACUUUAGAUUGAAGCUGUCUUGCAGCAAUUGGAAGCAACAUCCUGUCUAUAAAGAGAGGCUUUUAUCUCUGUCAGACUCGUGUGCUCGAUCUUAACUCCAAAGUGCAUCUUUCUUACUUGUUAAGCAGCAUUCUCGUGAUCAUAUCGAGCUCUGGUCGUGGAUAGGUGAGAUGGUCACUGAGGAGCUAGAGCUUUCAUUUACAAAGAGAUGCAAUGACAUUAAGACACGAAAAUACAAUGCAUAAAUCGUAAAACAAUAACUGCUUAAAACAGACGCUUAAAAGCUACAAAGACCCUUCGGACACCAGCUAAGAUUCAGGAAUAAUCAGAAAAUUCCUACAAGAGGAUCUCAAGCAGCGAUUUGGUGUAUAAAAGUCAAAACGAUCACAGAUAUAGGGUGGUUCCUGACCAUGCAUACUUUUAAAAUCAAGCAAUAAGAUCUUAAAAUCAGAUUGUAAAUAAGCAGCAACCAGUAGAGAUCAGCAAGGAUAGGAGAAAUGUCUUCUCUUCUCAAGUCAAGUCCAGAGCGUUGCAGUAAUCCAGUUUGGAAGUAAUAAAUGCAUGGAUGAGAGAAAUAACUAAACUGUGGAAAUAACAGAAACAAGGCUGCACAACUUUUGACUCAGUAUUAAAAGAAAGGUUUGAGUGUAAAACCACUCAGAGGUUUCUGGCUUCCUCUUUGACACAGGAGUUUGGUGGGACCAAAGCAAACCUAAAGAGGUUGGUCCUCGAGUCUGAAAGGUUAUUAUAAUUAAGAGUUAUUUAAACUCUGAAUGUUCAGACAUCCAGUGGCCUAUAUCACUAACGCAAGACAAUAUGGAUUUAAGUGUGACAUAUAGUCAAGUGUCAUCAUCAUAACAAUGUUGCUGAAUACUGAAUAUACCACUAAUCUGACCCAGUGGGAGUAAAUAGAAAAAACAGUGGGCCUAGUAUGGAACCCUGUGGAACCCCACGAUGAGUUUUAAUGUAAAUGACCUUUUUUAUAGGUAAGAAAUAAACCAGAAACCAAAAGUUUCCAGACGCUUGAUUAAAAUUCUGCGGUCAACUGUGUCAAAGGCUGAGCUGAGAAGUGUAACCAUAGUGACACGUAAAUAGACCCAAAAUAACCACAAAAAAACAGAAGAAAUUAAAGAUUAAAAUAAUACAGAGAUGCUUUAAAACAUCAGACACUGACAAGAGACAAAAAAAACUGAUCCAAUUCUGAAAGCAGGAACUUUAACAAGACUGAAACUACCUACCAAGAAAAUUAAAGUGCCUUCAAGUAUGAGCAAAACAACCACGAGAGAUUCAAAAUGAGAAAAUGUUGGAUUACAAAUGACUCAAAAGUUUCAGUAUUACUACAGUGACACAUACACAACAAAAAACAUACACAAGAAAACAUAAAAAAUCAACAUAAAUAUAGAGGACCAAGACGAAGACGAUGCAUACUGACAAGAAAGAGACAGAGAGCUACUGAUAGGCCACAGAGAAGAACCUAAAAAUGCAAAAUGACGUCAAACCAGAGCAGAAAUACAGAAUCCUAUCUUCAUAUUUAUCACAUGGAUGUAAAUCUAGGAAGCUUAUUGCACAAUGCCAACAAUGAAGAGGAGAGACAGUCCCCUAGUGCACUAAGUUUCAGAUACGCUCAAGUGACAUGUAUCAGCAAUCGGCCUUGGCUCAAGAGUUAUUGUAAUUGGCUUCAGCCCAAAUUUCACAAUCAGUGCAUCUCUAAAAACUAAAACAAGUGUAUGCAUAAACCAAAACAGCUGCACACAAAUGCAUAAAUAGUUGCAAAAGCAAACACCUACGAUGCAAAGUGACAGGAAAGGUACAGAAAUAGGACCCCAAAGCUAAACGCAAUCAUAACAGUGUUGAUGAAACAGACACCAAACAACCACAAAGACACAAAACUGCUGCACAGACAUGCAAGAUCACCACACAAUCUUGAGAUACGAUGAGACCACAACAAGCACUCAGUGAAAAUGACUGAAGGGAAGUAAGGCAGCGAGAGAAAACUACAACAAAGCUGCACAAAACAAGGGCAAAAAUAGACCGAAAGGACAACUCUGGGGGGUCUGAUGGUCUUUAAGGGGCUGGAAGGUUUCCACAUCUGUGCACAUGAGCAGAUCUUCUCACUGAAUGAUCUAUGAUACUUGUCAUACAGCAGAAAUUAGGUCACUCGCUCUAGAGCUGUAACGGCUUUCCAUUCAAAGGUGAGCCUCUAACUGUAAUACAUGCGUACAGGCUUCUUCUUUAAACCCACAUCAACUUCUCAUUUCCUUUAUUCUCCAGGUCCAGGAUGUUAACCCUGUAUCUGCACUAACGCUGAGGCCACGCAGGGGAGCGUCAGGGGCAUGGAGCAUGUGUUGGUGCUGUUUGACUUUGAGUACACGGCGAAGGAUGGUCGGUCCGUCUCCAUCAAGUCCAACGAAACUUACACCCUGCUCUCCAAGACGAACAAACACUGGUGGCAUGUCCGCAAAGACCAGGACACUAGGCCCUUCUACGUCCCAGCUCAGUAUGUGAAGGUGGUCUCAUCGCUUCCUGGAGAAUCUCAUGAUCUAAAUAAGCUGGAUUUGUCUGAGUGUGAAAGUAAAAGCGAGCAAAUGGAUGUGGCGAAAGUGAGUCUAGCUAAGACGGUUCUUCAGGAUGGGUCAAGAGACAAACACCGGUUCUCAACGUUUGGGUACGGUGAGGAAAACACAGAUGUUAAGCUUUACAGGACUCCAAGGAAAGGGCAGAAAACCAGCUCUGUAGAUACCCUGGAAACUGUCAAACCACACAACACCUCGACAUCUCUCCAUGAUGACAAACUGCAGCUCUAUGCAAAACCUCAUCCUGUGGCAAAGACCAAAAAAAGGCAGAAACAGUCGGCGAGCCAAUUGCAGCAUGAUAAACUACCACAACCACUGACCUUUCUGCAAGACGAGGACAUAGAGAUCCCCCCACCUCCAGAUUCACCCAUAUAUGACACCAUACCAGAGAUAAACAUAACGGAAUAUGACGCUUUUCCUGAUCCACCUGCUCUGGUGUUUCCAAACAACACAGAUACCUCAGAUCAGCAGGAUUUGAUUCAAAGUGGAGAAGUAACUCCUGCUCCGGAUGCACUUCCUAUACAGAAGGUAGAGUUUUUGUUACUAUUUCCAUUCCCAUUCAUAAAAUGUUGUUAGAGCCUGAGAUUAAAAGCCACUGUCAUUUUUCAACCAGUAGAGGGCGCAGUUAUAUCAUGUAGAAGGAUUGGGUUACAUUGCAGUUAUACAGAGGGUUUUAUCUUAUAUAUUGAAUCAAAAUACAACACUCAGUUUGACACAAACUAACAUAAAAAAAGAGCUUUAUAAGUCAAACUAAAUCUUGUCUUAUUCAGUCAUGAGAAUUUGAUGCUUUUCAACAUGUCUGCACUCAAUAUGGGCCCAAGUAAUGAGGAUAAGGAUCAGGACAUAGACUUUUAUGUUGAGACUGAUGCUGAGAGAGCGGUCAGGAUGGGUUAUUUAGAGAUAAAACAAUAUCCUAAAGCUUUUUACUCGCUAAGAAAAGCUGGAGCACAGACUUUUUUGGUGUUUUGGGGUAAAAUUAAACACACAAAGAUUAAUAUUGUUGAUAACAGUUGGAUCGAAAGCAUCAGCCAACAGCAUCCACAUUCCACCUCAAACAGCCACGCCCCCAAUACGCAAAAUUUUCAGGCUAGUUAAAACUUGAGUUGUAUAUUUAUCCUACCAAAACAUGUUUGUGCAAGUUGUGAGUCAUGUUUGCAGAGAGGUUGGUCAAUUUGAUGUGAUUCAGCUUAAUCCAAUUCAAACUUUAGUCAAACUUAACUUUUUAAGACUUGAUAGUUAAACUCCCAUAGUAUGUGUCUGCAGAUCCGCAGAACCAAGCAGAUCCAAAGCCCUCUUUGCGCCCCUGCUGGACGGAGUAGGUCAUUGCAUGAUAGAUCCACAACCCUGUUUUAAACCGCUGUUCCACAUCCGUUUUUAGGCCCAGAAAUUUGAUUAAAUAAACAAGUUAAUAAAUAAAUAAGUGACCGCAGUUACAUAUUAUCAUCCAAUCACAAUAAAAAGUCUUUAAAAUUUGUGAAGAAAGAGUUCAGUUAUUGGGACUUGUAGCACUUCUAGCCAAUCAGAGGCGAAGGAGGGCGGGACCUUUUGAGACAGUUGGCAAAAUUGGCGUUAAAAACACCAAACACAUCAUCUGCAUUUGCUGUAUAAACAGGUCUGUUAAAGGUCUACAAGGUCUAAACUCUUAAAGACUUUCUGAAACUUUUUUGGUAUUUGUACAAAGCUGUCUUCAGAUCACGUUGAUUUUGACCCCUUUCUUACUGCAAAGGUCCGGCCUUAAAAUACCGAGGGCCUGUUGGUUUGGGUUCACACUAGUAUCUGUGCCAGCUCAUUAGCAUAUGAAUAACCGGCCGUCCCCUUCAUACCACCUCAAUGCAUGGAAAGAGGUGUUCCUAUCAUGAAUACUUGUGCAAAAAGCAGCUGACUCGAGGUCUUGUUUUUGCACAGCUAAACUCUCAGCGGAUCUGAAGUCACUUUAAACCGGGUGUGUAUGAUUCAAACGACGAUUGAAGUGAAGUUUGAUGUUGUUUUCUGACUUGUUUUGGAGGCUUGUGCAGCGUGAGUGAGUGAGGAGUAGGAGGUGUUUUUUUGUUGUGACAGGAUUUGCAGAAAUGCUGUGCAAAGCGUGUGAUGUAAAUGGAGAACAGGUUACAAACAGGUCAUGUCGGCUUGGUGACUUCUGAGGAGGAGGAGGAGGAGGAGGAGGAGGUGGAGGAGCUGAAAGGGUUAAUCUGAGAGCGAGAGAGAGAGCUGCCAGCCAGCCACUCCCAAACCUCCAGCUGCUACCUGGUUUCCCCAGCACCGAUGACUAUCCUGGGAAUAAAGAGUCAGGACACCGCAGGGGAAACCAUGAAACCUUUGUGAUCAUACUCCUAAUUUAACCCGCUUCCUUGUUUGGAUGUAGUUCUUUGAUAACAAACGACAAAAAUCUGUAGUUUCAGGUAAGUUUCACCGCCAUUUUUCUCUGCACCUGUUGCAAGGUUAGAGCCGGUUUGUGGAGGUGGAGAAAGUGUUUGAUUUAGCUGUGUGUGGAGCUUCUCUCAGUUUACUCAGGGUUUGUGUGUGUGCAUCAUAACUCUGUCAUUACCUGCACAGUUUGAAGCUGUUGUGCUACUUUAGUUUAACUUUAACACACUUACAAACUUGUCAUGUUGAAAUCCCUGCAUUUUACACUCACUUGAAUAUGUUGGAGCAUGAAUGAGCCCCCCUUCCACUCACUUGUAACAGAACUGUGGACGUGCCAGGACCCCUCAAGUGCACUAUUUCUCACCCUACAAUGGAGGGCCAUCUCCAUGGUGAUGUGAGGGGGUCUGGCCUGACUCCCAACAAGCAGGGCUUUAGAGCUUUUAGUGCCAGCCCUGCCAUGCAGUUGGCGUGUGUGCGCAUAUGUAAUGUGCAGAACUUGCAAUUAGCUCAAAUGUGGGUCAGUUAAUAUCCAGGGUGUGUAAUGAAGGUUAUUCUUUGGUCUCUAAUGGGAUAGGAAGUUUGAUGAGCGGAUGACAGAUCCAGUUACAAGGUUUGGUUUGUCUUAAGAACCGCCAAGUAUUCAGACCUGUUUCCACAUUAUGUUGUUAUUUUGGAUGCUCUAUGUUUUGAGCUUGUUUAUGCUACUAUUGUUUGUACUUCUUGUAAAAACCUCUCCUACAGUCAAGGGGUGCAACCUGAAAGUUGAUGAUUCACAUGAUCAGUCAUCAACACCCUGUACCAACUUAAAUUUAGCCGGUCAAAUGUCCACUUUUAUUUGGCUGCUUGUACUCAGAAAUGUUGGUGUUGUCAAGAGUUGCAUUCUCAUGAUAAGUAAAAAAAGUCUCUGCAAAGUAAUGAGUGUUUAAAUGAUUUGUUAUUAGAGACCCAUGGAGGCUGUAAGCUGAGCUGCUGCUCUCUGAGACUAAGAGGCUGAGCUAAAAAACCAAAAAGAAGCAGACCAUAAUGACAGAUCUGAUUAGUUUUUUAAGGCUGCAAGCUGAGCGUCCGCCAACCAUCAUUAAAAGUGGCCUGUAAUCACAGAUCUAAAUUUUUUUUAUGGCUUUUUGAGGCUGUGAGCUGAGCUGCUACUCUCUGAAACUAAGAGACUGGGAUGAAAAACUUCAAAACCAAAAGGAGCAGACCAUAAUGAUAGAUCUGAUUAGUUUUUUUAAGGCUGUGAGCUGAGCAUCCACUAACCGUCAUAAAAGUGGCCUGUAAUCACAGAUCUUGAUUUUUUUUCAAGGCUUUUUGAGGCUGUGAGCUGAGCUGCUGCUCUCUGAAACUAAGAGGCGGAGCUAAAAAACUUCAAAACCAAAAAGAAGUGGACCAUAAUGACAGAUCUGAUCAGUUUUUUGAGGCUGAGCAUCUGAUAACUGUUACUAAAACAUGCCUUUAAUGACAGAUCAGAUUUUUUCAUCAAGACUUUCUUAGGCUGCGAGCUGAGCUGCUGUGAAAUUUAACUAAAAAAGCUGUCUAUAAUCCUUCAUCACAGUUAAGUUUUCAGCUAAAACUGACUUUUCCUUCACUUACAACUUGUUAUUUUUUAAGCUUGAGAUAUUUUGGUGUUCGGUUGAAAGCAGAUGCUACUGAAAAUAAUUAAAGUGAGUCUGACAGGUUAAAAAAAAAAGGGAUUUGUGCGUCAUUAUUCUGGAGUCUGAUGCUGUCUGGAGUCGUGUACGGCUCUCAGAGGUCCUGUUAAAUAUUGAAGAAGACAUGCAGGAUCCAUUUUUAAUCACUCAGUUUAAGGGUUCAACGUUCGAUUGAUCUCCGACAGCUCAAACUGAAGUGACCACCCGCCAAGCUGCCAGACUCACUCGUCCAUUAUUGGAAAGGAACUGUAGGAAACCUUUCCUUCAAUAGUACAUUCAUUCCUUUGAGAAGCAGACUGAAUCAAAUGCCAAAAAACUGCUCCAACAGGUCGUGUGAGUGUCUCGACAUACCUCACUGUGCAUGCCUGCCUGAAUAAGCACAUGAGCACUUCAAGUGUAAAUACGAACAGGUGCGUGCAGCUGCAGCCACCUGGUCAGAGGAGCCUUUUAUCUCUGCUGUUCAGUGAUCAGGAUGUUAAAUAAACAGUUUGAACAGGGACACAUUAUGCAUUUUGCUUUUUAACUAUAACGCUUUUACUCUGAUUAGAUUCAUUCUGCGUGAGUUUGAUCUUUUGAGAGCAGAGUUGUGCAGGUUGGCGAGCAUUUUUCAUGUGAACUGGAUGUUCGGUAUGGAGCUUUUACAGGAGGUGACAGUGACGAGUUUGUGAUGCACAUGUCUUACCUCAACAUUCAGGUCAGAGGGCAGACGAUUCAGUGUAUAGAAACAGUCUUAAAGUCUACAAGGUUAUUCAGCGACAACCAGGCUAAAAAUGAAAAACAAUUUUUCAAGAUGAAAACUUUUUUUCUUAGAUAGUGGUCUCAGACACCAUGUUUUGUGCUGAUUUUUAGUACAGAGGCAACAUUUGAGCUCAAUUAUUCAAGAAAACUUAGACUUAUACGGUUUCUAAUUGGUUUACAAAUGACCAAAUGUGCAUGGCAAAGUCAUUUCCAGCAUUCGUGUUUGUUGUAGAAGAUGUCAUGUUUGCAACCCAAAAAAUGGGUUUAAUAUUUUUUAUUUGUGUCUGAUUUUUUCCAAGGCUGGUUGUUGCUGUAUUAAAUUAUGCGUGCAGCCUCCUUUGUUACCAGUCCUAACCUCUGCAUGGUUACCUGACUAUUCUAACUGCUUGAUAUAAAAGUGGGUUAGUUAGACCCUUUACCUAAAACUCCUGUAGCAGCUGGCUAUAAGAUGGACUGAAAUGAAUACUUUCUGCCCUAAAUUCAGAUUCAGAUUCAGAUUCAGAUUAACGCCAAAAAUGGUCAGAAAUACAAUCAAACAUACCCAACAAUAGCUGUGUAGUGUUAUAAAUGAACCUGCGCCGUCAUGGUUCUCCCGGCCAAAUAACCACAUCCAUGGAGGCAGACAUGUUGCGCUUGUGGUGAUAAAAAGUUGGUGACUUUUCUCUCGCUAUUUCCCCCAGUCAAAUACAGAAUGUUGUAAGAGCCUACAUUUGUCAACACAGCUGUCAAUCAACCACUUUUUUAACUUAAAAUAACAAAUUUUAACUAAAAUUAAUUAACUAGCAUGAUAAGCGCUAACUUUGAUGACAGAAAAAGACAUUUAAAGUGUAUUUUGAUUUUGUUAUGUGACCCAUGAAGAUGGUGGGGUUGUUAUGACGUUGACUGCAGCUAGGGGGAGCUCUAAGCAUUUUGACUUCACAGGUUGUAAACACUUUUGGUGUCCAUUCGAACAUACAGUAUAUGCUAUUUAAAGUUAUUCUACAUGACUGUCACCCCUGGAGUCAGUUUAGGGGAAAACACCUUAUUGUGAAAACCGGCUUACCUAAAUUUUCAAUGCCAAACAUAAACUGUUAGAUGCAGGUGAGAUAUUUAAAAUAAAAGGAAAUUCAGCAGAUUAGAUAAUAAAGAUAAAUCAGCUGGUUUUGUCCAGAGAGGGCGUCAAAGAUGAAACAACCUAAAAGUCACCUGCAGGAGCUUUAAAGUAUUCUUGGCGAUAAGGAUCUUUUUUGAUCCAGAUAAGGUGUCUUGAUUGAAUUCAAACUUGUUUUUCAAGUUCUGGCUCUUUCUUAUCAUAACAAAGGUGGCGAUCGGAUAAGCCGUGCCUUCUUACUCUUAUUUUUGGAGUCAAGACAGAAUAGAUUUCCAUUUGUUAAAGAAGGGGAAAAGUUCUGCAAAGAUUGUUGAUAUAGCUCAGGGAGAAAAACGGGAUGUCAGCUCUUUUACUCUGAUGUAACGGUAAAACAUGAGAAACACAAACAAGAGCUGAGAGUCAAUGACAGAAGUAUGUUCUCAGACUCUGAUUACGGGGUUGAGGGUUGUAAAAAACAAACUCUCACACCCAACAUGCUCAUGGAGGUAAGAGAAAGCAGAGAGUCUACAUUUUUCUUUGAGAUGGUGCUCUGUGGACAUCUCGCUUUGUUGAUCUACAGAGCAAUGCAAAGAUAAUCUAAAGAAAGCUUUGGUAAGUCUUUGGAAAGAGCAGCGUGAGUCGUCUGCACAGGAAUGCUGAGUGUCAUCACUGUGGGGAAAUGUUUUUGUGAAAUUAGUAUGACGUACUUGAUUACUUGAUUGCUGUUUUCCAGAAGCUAUUAGAGCCAAAGCUGUAAUUAUUGAAAACAGCUUUCAGUUUAUAUGCAUGCUGGGUGUUGUUUAUGCACCUGCAGUUGAAAGUGAAGGUGGCAUCUUUGUGAAAUUGUGAGGUUUCCAUUUCUCAAAGAGUGUUGCGGCAACUGGUACGAAAACAUUUCCCCUCCUCCCACUCAGAAACCUUUCCCCUCCGCGGUCUGAGUGGGAGGGAUCUGUCAUUAAAAAGCAAUAUCAGCAGGAUUACGCGCUGGCAUGCAGACCCAGUCAAGAUAAGAACAUGAUAAGCUGAUGGACUCCACAUUUGGCACUUCAGGAGUUGAUCCUGGAUACUGGACCAUGAGGGGAGUGAUGUAAUAGAAGGUGGAGCCAGAUUGAUUCAAUAGCUCGACUGUGUGCUUUGUGGCGUGAUUUGGGCUCCAAUUUGGUCCCCCAUUGUUUGAUUGGAUGAGUCCUAAUGUGGUUAAGUAAUCAGGCGGAUUGCUGCUUCAUGCAUUUUUGAGGGCAGAGAGUUGUCUGCUCGUUGCUUUAGGAUUUUCACUCAAAUCAUGAUGGAAACAAUAGUUAAGGUUUAUAAACAGUAUUAUUGAAACGGCAAUUACAUGUUUUUGGAUAAACAAACUGAAAAACUACUUUAAUUCUCAGACUUACCUGUGAGCAGGAAUUGUAAAUGUGGAUGUAAAAGACCAACAAAGUUUUGUAAUAAUACAAGUUUUCUUUGAGGCACAUUUGCAUGAUUAAAGCUCCAGUAAGGAGUUUUUAGCUGGUUAUGGAGCAGAUUGAAAAUAAAACUGAAGUCUCUACACAGCCCUAAAAAGCAAACAGGAUCAUUAGCAUAAAGAUUGGCUGUUUCCAAGUAGUAAUUUCUGAUUUGAAAAACUACUAUCCAAGCAAAACAUGAAUAGCUUCGUCUACAUCACAGGUCUUAAGUAAAUGAUACAAACGUCUACAGGAAAGAAUUGGCAAGAAGUUAAAAAGCAUCUUUUGUCCACAGGGGGUGCCAAAUUUAACACAAACUGAAAGUUAAUAUUAUAAUUGGACUGAACCGCCCUUAUUUUUCAAUUUUGGUCGUCACCCUCUUUGUUUCAGAGUUGAAAGCGACCGUAUUUGGUUGAGAUGGUAAAGCUGGAGAGAAGUUUUGCUCAGUUGCCAAAGCGCAUUUAUGGUUAACUGUAACCAGUGUUGCCAACUCCUUAGUUAGGAAAGUCGCCACUGGUUGUCGUAAGAGUCGCUAGAAGUCACUAGAUGACGAAGUAGCUAGAGGAAAGUAGCAAGUGGCUGUCGUAGGAGUUGCUAAAAGUCGCUAGAUGAUGAAGUAGCUAGAGGAAAGUCGCUAGUGGCUGUAGUUAGAUGAUGUCGCUAGAUGACGUCAUUGCCUAAUUUGCGUAAUUUUUUGGUCAAACCGAUGCACACCCGCAACCCGUUGGGAAGUGUAACAAAUGCUACUUAACGGGCUGACACCUGCUUUCAUGUCAGAGUCUCCAAACGCCAGAAAAAGUUUCUAGAUUUGUCACUUGGCGCUUUUUUGAAAAUAAGUCGCUAGGGGGAUCUGAAAUGUCAUUAGUCUAGCGACAAAGUUGCUAGAUUGGCAACACCCACGAUAACUGGUGCACUAUUUAGAUGCUAAUUUGGCUUGUAGGGAAGAAAACCUUGUGACUCAUACAAAUUUGUGGUACAAAAUAAUGUUAAAUAGUAUCAAGGCCUACAGCUACAGCAUAGAUGAACUAUUUAGGAGAGGAUAUUGCAAUGACCUUAUUAGUUUAGUAAGUCUCGUAGAGGCUAGCUGAGAUCACAUGAGAUUUCCAAACAAACCCUUUUCAGCUGUUUAGAUCAAUUUUCAAGGACUAUGACAGCAUAUGUUGUUUACCUUGCAAUUUUCAGUUUUCUAGUAUGGGCACCGAACAUUGUAAUUUUGUGGUAAAUUUUACAGCAUGUUAUGAAACACACUGGAAAGCAAUGAAUAAACUUGAUCACAGAACUAGCACAAGAGUCACCUGCAGCGAGCCUCAGACCUAUUUUAGGAUAAACCCUCUUACCCACAAACCUCCAUAAAAAUACAGCCACAAACAGCCCUGCCUGUGUGCAGAAGGAAGUGGUGAUUGAACAAUUCGCCCUAAAACUAGACUUCCGUUUUUAUGCAUUCACUCUGUCUUUAAAAACACAAUGUCUCAUCACAAUACUCUGAAAAAAACUCCUCCAUAUUAUUGUGGGAAAAUGUAGCUUCCCUUUUUCCUCUCCAUUAUGAGGAAUGAGUGACCUAAAAUGAAACAGCUGGACAGAGUACACUCUAAAGUAGCUGUUCUGGGAAAAACUGAAGUUUUUGGUGCACCCUGAGGUUAUGUAACAAAUUUUCUUCCUAAAUCUUAAAAAUAAAAGGUGGUACUUUUGAAAAACGUAUGUUUCCGUUGAGGUGGUUCCUGUUUUAUCACGCACAUGUAGGAAGUUUGUGCUGCCCGCUCAGUCAUCGAACCCUCCUCUCUGUCUUGUUUUCGUCGUCUCUUUCUGUUCGGCUCUUUGAAAACUCAGACAGUUACCCUCUACCCCUCCAUCCUGCGCACACAAGUUCACCCACAUGAUCACACACACGCACACGCACACACACACACACACACACAUUUCACCCAGUCCUAACACAGUCCCUCCCUGCUGCUAUUGUAACAGAGCUCACAGUUCUCCUUUCUCUCUGUGCUGCAACUGUCACAGCUGCAGCAGAAGAGGAUGUAUGGCUGAGGGCGUCUUUAUAAACGUGCAUUUAGCAUCUCAGCCCCAUAACAGGUUGAUUUACUGUCUUUCCAUUUUCGAGUUUUUACCCUUUUGGAUUUAUGGCGUCUCUAAAUAGACAGAUAAAAGCAUGAUGGACAUGUACUCCAGGGUUUGGUCGAGUCAUCAGGCCAAGCGGGGCUUGACCCUGCCGGUGGUUCCUCAGGUAGGUCACCGAAGCAGCUGUUUUUACUUCAUCCACCCACAGCAUACUCAUACUCAUACUUGUUAAUAUUAGCAUGUGUUAAUAUGUUUUGGCAGCCAAACUACUUCCUGCUACCUCUGCUUUUGUUUCAUUUCCUGGACCGAGAAAAGUUUGAUGUAGUUUCCGACCGUGCUGAAAGUUUGUUUGGUGUUUUUGGUUUGGUUGAAAACCUGGUAAUGCUCUUAAUCUGUGAAGAUAGCUUUUAAAACCAAAGCUUGAUUUUCAGCUCAAAGAAGCAACAGAAGAGUCUGUAUCUACGGGUUAAAGUUUGAAUCUGACUGAUUGUUUGUUGAAACUCCUUUUGGUCUUCAUAUCAGAACUAUCAGAUCAGACGAUAAGUGUUACCACAUACUGUAUAAUCUCACUUAAAAGGAGCAUCAAUACAAGUGUGACUGAUCCUCUUUAAAACCAACUUAAAGGUGCUUUCUGCCGUGUUUUUGCGUGUUAUGUUUAAAAAGCAGAUAUAAGAAAAGAGAAAGUACAAAGUCUGUAAUCGAGGAGGUUUUUUAUUUCAGAGCAAACCUAUAAGAGCUUCGAAAAACUCCCUUACAAGUAGUUAACACAGCCGUGUUAGAGCACAAGUAUUAUCUAGGGUGGUGAGCCCCUGAGGAGCAAUGAAACCCACAUAUGCUAAAUAUAUACGCCACAUUUUUACACCAUUUCUGGUACGCAACUUUACUCGGGUGCAGCUGGGUAUAACAAUUUUUUAUUAAAGUGAGGUUAGACCCAAGCUACGAUUCAACACAAGACAAAAAUGAAGAGUCAUGAGGGUGAAGAAUCAAAAUAUUCAGUAAUUGUUUUUUUUUUAGCAUGUAGCUGUGUUUUAAAGAUGUAAAGAGGCCUUGUGAACACUACACCAAAUAUGCUAGCUUAUCAAUAUGUAAGGGAAAGUAUUAAAUGGAGUAGUUUAUCAAUACUUGAAUGUGUAGUCGAAUGAAUAUGUUUGCAAAUAAUUGUUGUAGAGUGAAAGAGACUGGGGUACAGUCUUUGCCAAAGAAUCUAGCAUAGCAGUUUGCAGUUGAAAGUCAUUUAAAGUCUGAUUGCUGUUCUAUCUUUGCUGACACAAGUGUUAGAAAAGACAAAGACUGAUUUCUUGAGAAUUAUGCUGCAUUCAAGUUACCUCGGAAGUCAGAAGUCUGAGCUGAAAAUGGCGUCACACCAGAGUUACCAGCGUUUCAGUUACCAAGUCGGAAAAAAGCAAAAUCGGAGGCAGAAACAAGAUGGUUACAUCUACGUUAUCCAAGGUAUUGUAGCGCUUGCCUUGCCCUUGCUUAUAUUCAGACAAGGCAAGCACUAAAAUAACUUUAGUAAAUGUAGCCAUCUUGUUUCCACCUCCGAUUUUGCUUUUGUCCGACUUCACUGUUAACUCCAGUGUGACGUCAUUCCCAGCUCGGACUUCUGACUUCCGAGGUAACUCGAAUGCAGCAUUAUAAACCAGCUGUAUAAAAUAAAGAUUAAGAGAAGCUUUUAUCAAUAUUUGAAGUCUUGACAGAUUUUAAAAAAGCUGUGAAUGAUUGUAAACUCCACGCUAAAGGCUUAUGUAACAACAUUCAAGUGGAGGUUUUGAAUCAGGAAGGUAAUCAGACGAUACAUUCAUUACUCUGACUAUUUAGUUUGCAAAAGUUACUUUUUCAAAUCUAAAUUCAACUUUAUUUAUAUGGCACUUUUUGUAGAAGAAUGUAAUUUAAAGUGCCUCACAGAGGCUAAAAACAACAGUAAAACCCAACCCACACACACACACCCACAGUUCUCUAAUCUGACCUUUGAAGGAAUACUGAAUGAUAUAACUUGAAAAUGAAUCAUCUGAAAGUGAAGUCACAAACUGGAAAGGCGGGAGUGUUUUAGUAAUAAUUUGUUUGCGGUGAGUUUUCAGGUUUUGCAUUCAAUAUCUAUGAAGUAGUGGUUGUGAAGGAUGAUAAACCACAAGUUGAAAACACAAGUACCUCAGAGUUGUAGUAUGCCUCAUUAUGUAACUUCUACUUCACAGUUGCCACAUACUGUAUCAGCAUAAAAGCGGCCCAUUGAAACCUUUCCGUCAUAAACACCAUGAGGUGAACUUAACAUGGUGUAACACCAGCAUGACUUAGUCAUCUGGACAACACCGACAGUGUCUAAAGCUUGAGUUCGGUCGCACUAUCCUGAAAAAGAAACUCGUCACAGCAGACGUCACGGCUACAGUCAUGGAUUAUUCAAUUGACCAAGGGUGUGUUUAAUUGUUUAUGAAUUAAACCUGACUAAAUAUCAUCUCCUUACUAUGACGUAUUAGCAUGUAACCAUUCAGUGUUGUCCCUAUGGAUUCACAACAACCAGAAUUGGCAUCAUAGUAUUGAUUGAUUUGUAUCAGCUUGUUCUGUUUUCCUUUCGUUGCACGGAGGAGGGGAACAUUCCUGUGUGGCUAUUUCAGUGAUCAAUGAUGCAGCUCUUUCAUUUCCUCUGUCUGUCUGUCUGUCUGUCUCUGUUCAGUCAUUCUGUUUUAUUUGGAAUCAAUGUUUCAGGGUCAGAUGUCUGGAUGUCUGCUUCGAUUGUCUCCCGGGUUAAUGAAGCCAAGUCAGCAAAGUGGGAACACCGAAUAGACAGAUUUAAGGAAAAAAAUACGUAGUGACUAAUGGGGUUGUUAAUUUCACUUUUGCUUCCUGAGUUCCUCAUUCUGUCUGGAUUGUUGGUUAAGAGUCUGAAUUUGAUAGGAAAACAACAUUUUAGCGUUACAUAUUCAAAAUGUUAGUAGUAAAAGCACUUGGUGGUGUAGGAAUAAUCUUUAAAGUUAAGUAAAAAGCUGCAGUUCCUAAAGUGUCCACUUGGGACUGGCUGUUCAAGUCAAAGGGUCCCCAUUGGGUCCCAUGUGCACAUGCCCAUUUUCAUUGUAAAGAUAAAAAAGUUCAAAACCUGAUGCUAAAAGCAUUUUAAUUCAACAGCCUAUUUCUUCAUUUGUUUAUUCAUGCAGGGAUUUUUUUAUUGCAUUUCAUUUGAUUACAAUAAGGUUGAUAGUUUUGCAUAGAUUUGCAUAACAGUGUUUGGGUUGACUUGCAGGUGGCUGCUUUGUAGCUGUUUGCUCAGCCUCUCCACCCAUCUGCCUGUUUGGGACUGUUCAGAAGUUAGUUAGAUAAGGUUAUAUGGCUGCUGGGACAUGUUCAUGUUUUAAACAGUGUGUUUUGUAGGGCUGGGUGAUAAACCGAAAAUUUACAGAUACCAAAACUUAUGACAAUAACCAACGUCAUUUUGCCCGUAACGGUAUAUUCGAUGUCAAAUAAAUAAAUAAAAGUUGGUUUUAGUCUCAUGUCACUUUAAGAUGCUGUCCUACGUCAGCGACAUGACUCCACCCCAUUCAGUCCGUAACAAAGAAGGAAAUACAGGUGAGGAGAUGGAGGAGAUAUCGAGGUGAACUGCUCAAUAUAUCGUGAUAUUGAUUUGAGGCCAUAUCGCCCAGCCUUAAUGUUUUGUGUUGAACACUUACAGUGCACUUAUUACCCUGAUUAUGUAUGAGGACAUUAUUAUGUCCUUAGAGUCUUUUAUUUUGAAAAGCAGUGAAGAAAUCUGUCUUUGCAGUGAGACAUUUCUAUUAAAGGUACAGCAUGUAGAAAUAAGUAGAAACUUGAAAUAGCACUCAGAAUCUAGAUUGAGAGGCUCCCUUGCUCACCCCUCUCUUUAGUCGAUUCCAGAGGCAACCUUUGAGGACGAGAAACCCUCAUGAUUUAUGAUCCUCCAUUUGUCAAGUUAGAAAAAGUCCCAAAAAUAUGAAGUGAUUUUCAAAUCUAGGUUAUUUUACACUUAUUUAAACACACUCAUGGACAUAUCGUAUUCCUGCACACUGUUUUUCUAAUAUGAGCUUGUUAAAUUUUUUAAAUGCAACCAAGACGAAAUAAAUCCUGCAAAAGACUGAUGAAAAAUUAACCUUUGCUUUAAAAUUUGACUAAGAAGUGUGUCUUAAAGCAGAGUGGGCUGGGCUGCAAUGCUUUAUGGAUAGAAAACUAAAAACUGAAAUUCAAGACUUGUCAAACAAACAUCGCACCUUUUUAUUUGAAGUGUUUCCCUCCAAAUGUGAUAGACCCAAAGUUCACAGGAUGUUAUCAUCAAAAUGCAGUUUCUAUUACCUCAAAAUUACCGAUUAUUGCUCUGUCUUUCAACCUUUCACUUCUGGCCCCCUUUGACAGCUUCAUUUAUAGCGCUGCAUAUUAAGCACAGAGAUACAGAAACUCGCAGAGACACACAGGGUUCUCAGGUCUUGGUAAAUAUAGAUCAUGAGGCUCGCUGAGAGACACAACGUCGUGAAGAGUGCAGUCGUCACAGGUUCGCAGCCUCUCUUUGUAUUUGCGCCACCAUGACGGCGUUCAAAAGAUUCUGCAGGGUGGUUAAUCCCAGAGGUCUCUCUGUGAGGAAGAAUAGUGGUCCCAGUGGAGCACAGGUAAGAAAAGUACAACCUAGAGGAGGAGAUCAUUGUUUUUAUUUAGGCACGGCUCUGAGCGACUGAAAGCUUUGUGCACAGAGGCAACCUUUCAUCGUCUUACUCAAAUUGUGGUUCUGUAGACAAAUUAGUUGUGACGAUGGAGACUAUUUGCAUGUUAUGCUCCUGCCAUGCAACAAACAGUCAUGAAGAGCUCUUUUCAUGAGUGAAACCUAAUAUGAAAAUCGAGUAAUUCACUGAAACUGUUUCUAAAAGGUUAGGUAAACAAGAUACUCAGAGUGGACAGGAAGGAGAUUAAAAAUAGUUUUUAUCAUCUGAAAUGGACUUUUAGUCAGAUGCUGUUAUUCAGAAGUAUUUGUGGUUGUUUGGUUGUUAAUAAAUCAACAGGUAUCCUGAUGAAAUGAGGCCAGAUUUCAAGUUCAAACAGCAUAUUUGAUUAUCUGUUAGUACAAGACUACAGCUCAUCUAAGUCAAACACGUCUAGGCCAACAUGUUACAGGAGAGGCUUAAAAUCUUUGAGCUUCUUUUAGCUUCUCCAUAAUUUUCAUAAAAGAUUGCUCAUAAGGGGAGAAAUGUUAGUAUGUACGCUAAAAAUAAUAAGAAAUGGCAGGUUAACAACCAGACAAUACAUAGUUAAAGUUAAACAUAGACUAGCUUAGAGCUAAUUAGCAAACAGGCGUUGGCUAAUAUCAGUAUUCUGCCUCUUCCAAGCUAAUAUUGUCUUUUAGUCAUUUUACAGCACAUGAAAGAAAGGCAGAGUCAAUGCUAGUGUUAUUAUUAUCUCCUGCAGUGAUAGUGAGUUAGCUUUUUCAUACACAGUAUAAUGUAUAUGUAUACAUAUGUGUAUUUUUUCUAAUCAAAUGUUGGCAAGAGCAUUUAACUCCUGUAUAUGUGCAAGAAAAUGAGAUUAAACUAUUAUGAGCUUCUCUAUUAUUUUCAUAAUAGUUUGCAUAUAAGAAAAGGAAUGCUAGUAGGUAUGCUAAAAACUCUUAAAUUGUAAGAAUUGGCAGGUUAAUAACUGAACAAGGUCAUAUUUUGAGUAAAACAUAGACUAGCUUACAGCUAAUUAGCAAACAGACGUGGCUAAUGUCAGUAUUUUGCCUCUUCCAAGCUAACAUUGUCUUUGAGUCAUUUUAUAACACAUGUAAGGAAGGCAGAGUCAAUGCUAGCAUUAUUAUUAUUUCCUGCAGUGUUAGGUAGUUGGCUUUUGAAAACACAGUAUAAUGAAUAUGUAAAUAUAUAUAUAUAUAUAUAUGUGUGUGUGUGUGUGUGUGUGUGUGUGUGUGUGUGUGUGUGUGUGUGUGUUUAUAUCUAUUACACUUCUUACUUACUUUAUGGUCCUCAUGGUUUCAUUUUAUGUCGUAGGGUUCUUGCAUUGUUUGGGUUUCUAAUUAAAAUUGAAAUUGGCCUUCAAUUUGAAGGCCUUGUUUUCAUUUUAUUUUAUUUCCAUGUGCUGAUGUUCUGUGCUUUGCAACAGUUUACCAAAGCACUUUGUAAACUUCUGUUUUUAAAAGUAAAAAUAAAAUUAUUAUUUUUUUAUAUGUGGCAAGAAAAUGAGACUAGAGCUGAGUUGAUGAUUUUUGUUAGAGGAACAUCUUUGCGGUUCAUGUUUUUUUCAGCUGUGGGUGACUUCCUGUGCUAUUUAAGAUGCAGAACGCUGACGUAAUGAGAGCUGCGCUAAGAAGAGUGAACUAUGGCUGGUAGCACGCGACAGGUUUCAUCUUGUGAAGUUGUGUUUACAGAAGAAAAGGAGAGUCCUUUAUAUGCUUGUUUUGUGUUUUACAGAAGCACACACUCAUUGCUAUGACACUAACUUUAGUUCUAGUUUGUACUAGUGGGUUUAAAUUCUGCAUAUUUUGUUGUUUUUUUCUUUUCAUUCAGGUGGAGAAUGAAAGUCUCAGAUCAGCCGUAUAUGUCAACGUAGCACAACUGCGCCAAAGCAUCUCAGAGUCUCCCCCCUCGGCUCCUUCAUCCUACUCGCCUUCUUAUCUUGACCCAGAGGGAUGGGAGGUACAUGUUGACCAAGAAAGUGGACAGGAGUACUACUAUCACCCCUCAACGGGGCGCACCACCUGGGACAAUCCGUUUCUAGACUCCCCCUUGGACCCUGAGCCACCUCCAGAAGAGGGUCCUUGUUCCCCUUCGCCUCCACAGUCACCCACUCUUUCCCCAUCCACCGCCUCCCCCUCGGGGUGGACCUCAGAUUGGGAGCAGUUGGUGGAUGAAAGCAGCGGUCAAUUUUACUUCUACAACCGGAUGUCUGGGGAGACGUCCUGGGAGCCUCCGGAGCAGCUGAGCCCGUAUCCUGCUCAGAUGGAGCCCAUGAGCGUGCACAGGUUUCACGAGGAUGGGCCGGUAAGGACAGUCUGGCUGCUCUACUUAGACCCUUCUCUGGCUCCUGUUUUAGCUUCACCCGGGGGAACGCUGUAAAUACAGUCUGCUUUUAAUGGGAUUAAAUCUGCAGCACCUACAUAGCAGACGAGCGGAGAGGCCCAAGGCACGUGUAGUGACCCUAACAUGAAAAAAAACCUAUAUAACUGUCAAUAUAUGAGUACAUUUUUAAGUUUUUAGGGAAAGAAAUGAACUUUUACAGUAUAUUUCAUCAUAUCAUCAGAUAAGAUGUUAUACUUAGCUAGUUUUCUUAACAAUCCAGGCGACAAAUGACCCCCUUUUUUGUCCUACAAUUCUUGAGUCAGAGAACAAAGUUAAUGGGCCAAGAAAGAAAGAGAGAGAGAAAGAAACACCGGGGCGAGGGGAGCGCUGCGACGUGUUUAUCAAAGUCACGGAAAAGUCAUUAGACUCUUAUUAACGGUGUCAUGGUGGAAAAUGGAUCAGCUGACAUCAUGCAGGGAGAUGAAGCAACUUUUUCGACACUAACCCUGAACUGAAGUGAAGUCCUGUGUCAUUGUCAGACGUGAUAUUUGUCACAGUUGUUUCCGUCAUUCUCAGAAGUAGAAGGGUUUCUUUGAAAUACACUGACCAGAGCAUAAAUGCCACUUUUGCCACAUAUUUAAUGCUAAUUGUUAGCGUAGCUUUAAUAUGUGCUGCAUAAGUCAGAAAAACAUAUUCAGGAUUGUUUUUUUAAUCCACCCUGUUUCUUUUAGCCGCCUCUACCCGAGGAGGACUACCCCACAGAGGAUUACCCAGCUGUGGAUCCACCUGAGCCCUACGAUCAGCUCCUCGCUACAGGGCCUCCCACCCUCCCUAAAGAGUACACCCUCAGCCACGUGAGCCGGACCAUCAUCCCGAGGGCCAACCUGGACCGAAGUACUCCCUCCGGUUGGAUCCUCACAGUGGAACCCAACGGGACCUGGGUGUUCACCAGCGAACACUCCCCGGAGCAGGUAGAUCCAGAUCUCACAGCUGUCUAACAUCCACUUUAUGGAGAUACAACACGAACUUUCUUUGUGGCUUCAGAGUUUAAAAAGGGCAAGGACAGGAGGGUCACUGCCUUAUUAAGAAAAUGUGUCAAAAGAAAACUCAAAAAGCAGCCUCUCAGCUAAAAUAUCAGGAAGUUGAUAGCAGGGGUGUCAGACACAACAUACAGACUGAUGCUUUUACAGUGUUUGUGUUUAACAGGACCCAUUGAGCCUUAGACGUCUAUUGGACGUCUCCUUUUAGUUUAGACAGAAAUUCACCGUUCUAUAAUCGGUCUAUGUUUUAGCGCAAAUCUUGAGGAUAGAAUUUAAUCUAUUAAUUAUUAAAUAUUAAAUAAAAAACAACAACAGUCAUUGAUCAAUGUAAAGUGUAGUUUAUUAGAUGGCUAGUCAAAGCUUAGACGACUAAAAAAGUUUCAUUUUUAGACCAGUGGGAGACCAAUAUUAGCCCAAAUAUCUAAGGACCAUUAGACGUCUAUUAACAUCUUUUAGCGUAAAAAAUGCUCAGGGGGAGGGUGUCUCUGAAUGCAACAAUAACUGUGAAAGCUCCUUUUCCUUUAAAUCUUGAUGAUUACGUCUUACAGCUAGAGAAGAUCAGACUUUAAAACAUUCAAAUAUUACAAAACAAACCAUCCAAAAGAAGGAUUUAUGACAUAGAAAUGUCAACAAUCUGGAAAAUUAUGUUAAAUUGUGCUGUCAGUACUUGGGUGUAGGGCUGGUCGAUAUGGCCUUUAAAUUAAUAUCACAAUAUAUUGAGCAGUUCACCUCAGUAACGAUCAAUGGACAAUAACUACUCCACAAGCUGCUCGACCCCUUCCACAUUAAUUUUGUCUACUUUAGCUGCCGCUCCAGCCGUUACAACUUUUGAACCGUCCUCCAUCUCCUCACCUGUCUUUCCCUCUUUGUUGCAGACUAGAUUGGGUGGAGUCAUGUCUCCGACGUAGGACAGCAUCUUAAAGGGACAUGAGACCAUAGCCUACCUACACACAUCAAAAAACAACUUUUGUCAUUUUUUCGACAGAGAAUACACUGAUAUGGGUAAAAUGACGUCGGUUAUUGUCGUAAAUUUCAGUAUUAGUACAUUUCCGGUUUAUCGCCCAGCCCUACUUGGUCGAGGAUGCUUUUGAAAGAAUUACUGCAUCUAUGCGACAUAGCGUCGAGAUAAUUAGUCUGUGGCUCUGCUGAAGCCCAUGUUGCUUUAAGAGCUUCUUUUGGACUUAACUUUAAUCUGAAAACAUGACUUUGGACGAUUGAGCAAAAAUCAAGUUCCUUUUCUUCUUAGCCCAGCUGAGACUGAUUUCUGGUUCAGGAGUGUCUUGAUAGCUGUCAGAUCAGGAGUCCUCCUCAUGAUUGUGGUUGCAUGUACAGAACCAGAAUGAGAGAAUAAAGGCUCAAAAAACCUUUGCUGAUUAGAGCUCUUUCCAGGACUGAAAUCCCUGACCAGAAACUGGACUUGAUUCCUGUGCGCUGCAAACUGUUCUUUGGCAUCCGUAGUAAUUUAAGUCUGUUGCUGAACGAGCUAAAAACUCAUCACAGGAGCUUUAACUAUAAUAUGAUCUUGUUUUGCAGUGGAUCAAGUCUGUGGAUGAUCGAGGGCAGACCUACUACUAUCUGAGGGACGGCUCCAAGUCUCAGUGGAACCUGCCUGAGGUAAAAAUCUUUCACUGCACCAGAUCAAUAAAGAACUGUUUCCACUUCGCACACACACGAGACAUAAGAUGGAAGAGCAUGUUUAGAUACACUUUCAAAGUGAAACAAGUCACUUCAUCCUUAAAGGUCUGAUAUUUUUAAACCCAAAGAAACCAAACUGAAUGUAUGUUUUUGUCCCUCCAGGCCCCUGUAGCUCCAGGCCAGUCCAGAGUGGAGGAUGGUUUCGAAUCAGACAACGUGUCAGUCUUAAAAAACUGGAGACACUCCAUGGGACCUCCACUGCUCAGCCCGGGCCCAGAUGACGGGGUACAAACACACACUCUUUAACACACACACACACUCAAACCGGCAAGUACACGGUGUCUCACACACUCAGGGUGUGUCAGCUCAGAGUAAAAGCUCCAGUCAGGCAGAAGCAGUGAGGGUGAGUCCAUGUGUAACAACAGACACUCCCAGGUCUGUAAACCCUUAUUUAGCAAGUCAAAUCAGCUGUAGUGCUCUCGUAUUUACACUGACAGCUCGAACACUGAGAGACGCUGCGCACAGAGAGCUACAAAUAUACACAAACAAAAUACAAAUAAGGGCCUGCUUGUCUGAAUCUCAUCUGUAAUCGUCAGUUUAACAGCUUGUUCAAGGUCACAACAUUGACGGCGUUUAAAGCGUCUGUAGUUGUUUAUUUAUUAGAGAUAUUACCCUGCCCUUUGAAUGACUUUGAAAAAUACAAAUCUACUUUUCUAGUUUUUCUGACUGUUAUAAAUUUCCUUGUUUUCCAGAGAUUCGUCCCGACUCACAGGAGGAACACGUCGGACUACAGCAGCGACAGCUCCAGCACGGGGAACUCGCCGGAGACGCACCACAAUGUGAGUGAAUCGUAUCAUUCCAGUCCAGUCUGCUGAUACUUGUUACUGCAGAAUAACAAGAGGCUGAAGUCUUCCUGCUGUGGUUUCUAAACGCUGAUUUGUGUAUCUCUCUGAAGGCAUUUGGGUUUAGACCCUGGAGGAGACCUUAUUAUCUGACAUCGAGGUGGCUGCGGUAUAAUGUGGGUUAUUAGUUUGAGAGUCCACCUGAGCUUUAUGCAUAGAUAGAAGUGUCUAUCUAUGAUGGGCUAAAGGUGUACGGACUAUUUAGAUCACUGAAGAGGCUUUUGUUGCUCUCAGACUGGCUUUUUUGUUCAUUUCAUCAAACAUCAUGUUCAUUUGAAAUCUUUUGGCGCAUGUACAGUGAUAGAUUUCAAAUGCUGAUUUUCAAUUAGGAUGUGACUUUGACAAAAUAUCUCAUCCUGUUGACUCCUGACUGUCAAAUAUGUUAUUUAUUCCCUCUGAGCAUUUUUUGGUCUAAGAGGUCUAAUAGAUGUCGAAAUGUAACCUGGAUGACUGGUCUUAAAUCAGGCUACCAAAGGUCUAAAAAUGAAACUUUUUUAGACAUCUAAAUUUAGACCAAGUCUAGACUAGCCGGCUAUACUAUACGACACUGUGUAUUGCUCAACUGCUAUUAUAAUUAUUUUGGUUAAUUACUUGGAGAUCAGUUAUGAAACUCACAGUUGCUUUUUGAAAUAAAUAGUUAUCGAAUAAUGGGUCAAAGUGCAACGUCUGAAUUCCGUCUAAAAACACACAGAAUCUAGACGGUUGAAAUUAGGUCUAAAAUUAGGUCUAAAAAAAAAAACUACAUGUCUAAUAGCCGUCUGUUGCUCAAGGUUGUGAAUAUUUUAUCUGGAAAUUGUAAAAACGGGGCUGUUUCAGACACCCACCCUCUCAGGCAUGUAAAAACAGCCAGUCUUGUCACUGAUGGUCUUGUUUGCUUUUGGAGAUCAUCAACAGGCACAAAAAUGAAUUUUGGUCUAUUAAAGAAAUGUCAAAAACUCCUUAUUGGACCUUUAAAAACACAUUAAAUUAUUCAUUGUCUGCCUGCUGGAAAUACUCACGAGUGAAUUGUAUCCAUGAGUCAUAAAGCUUAGAGAUGGUUCUGCACGAUAAACAUCCAGAUUUUGUUCAUCAUUUGAUGUUAAUUGUCAGAUUUAAUCAGACAGAAUUAGCGUCUUCUCCGUGGUUACAGGUGGUUUCCAUGGUUUCCAUCAUUAAAGACGGACAUUUGAUUGCUGAGGUUAGAGGUAUAAUUCAUGUAAUUAAAGGAUCUACAGACACUGACUGCAUGCUUUGGUUGAAAACGUGGCGUCUGUGCUCUUAUCAGUCCUGUUUGAGUUAACGCUCACUGAAAACUACAAUUCCCAGGUCUUUUGAGCAUGUUCAACUUUUCCCAAAUCUAAACUGUAUCUGUGUGACCCAUUUUUAUAACUCCAUUUGUAGUGUCAGCCACGGCCAGAAGCAUUGGGUUUUUAGGUUAUCUCUUUGUCUCAUGAACACAGAAAGAAAAGCUCUUAAGGGACUUGAUUCAAAAUUGGCCCAAUGAUAAACUCUGUCAAUGUGAACUCUGAAAACACGUCCUCUUCCAUAACCAGUCAAUUCACCACCAGAUUCCCCAAAUAUAGUUGAAUAAAUGAUGAUAACUUCAUGGUCUUUAUGCAGACAUUUUCAAUUUGGUUCUGUCAUGUUAAUUUUUGUCAGUGACCUCUAAGAAUUUAAUUUAUUGGACUUAAAACUUAUUGCAUUAAUACAGACCAUUUAUGUAUCAAAAAAAACAAGAGAGGACCGAGGAUUGAACCCUGAGGUACCCCAUCCGUCAAAAUUGUUCUCCUAAAGCCUGAUCUUCUAUUCAUAAACAUUACAGACACGACAUAUUGUUCAUUUCUGUAGAGCUGUGUGUAAGUAAUAGGUUUCACUUCAUUCCUGUAACUGGUAUGCAUGGCCAAGUUGAACUUCAUUGCUGUGCUGCUGUAUUCAGAUCCAAAAGUCUGCCUGAAUUCAGCUCAUAUGGCUUCAUUGUUGAGUUUGUGUUCAUCAUCGUCAUUAUGGUUCCUUCAUAUCUUUAUGCUAUGGCUUCCAGUGUUAGCUUUACAGUUAGAGGUAAACCUUAAAUAAUUAACAAACUUGUCUUUUUGACAUUCUUUUCAGGUGCAGAACUUAGAGAAAGCAGGAAUUCUCAACAAAACUAAAGUGUCCGAGAACGGCAAGAAAGUAAGGUGAGCUGAAAUUCACUCUCAGGUCUUUUCUUCGCUGAUGUGACACUCUCAGUUUUCACUUUUUUGAGUUUGAGCUGAGUUUGGUGUCUUGUGUCGGCUCUUCUGUGGCUUUGUUAAGUGGCAGGCAGUGAUGGCUCUUCUCUGGUUUCAGGAAAAACUGGACCCAGACGUGGACGGUUCUACUUGGGGGGGUGCUGACAUUCCACAAAGACCCUAAGUCUGCGACAACAGGGGCCUCGGUACGAUUUAGACUCAUAAAUAUAGAUUCUAAAAUAGGUUGAUGAGUAUAUAUAUACAUGUGUCAUAGGGCAUACAUGAUACCAGUUUUAUAAAAUAAUGAUAUUAAUGUGUUAUUUUUGGAAAACUUCAAUACUAUCAAAAUAAGGAAAGGCAAAAAAAGAGUGAAGCAACACACUACUUAAAAACAGGACGUACAUGUCACUAUCUAUAUCAGGUGAUAUACUAAUAUAGCACUUUUUUUAUUGUAUGAUGGAGUGGAUUUCAAUAGUGCUCAUGAAUAAUUUGGCUUUAUUUUCUGCAUUUUCUUUUAAAUUUUUGUCCCAGAUUAUCAUAAAACCAGAUAUGUUUUAUAAAGAGUGGGAGUAUGUUCCUCAGAAACAAUAUAGAAAUGGAGGAAAGCUCCCGAAUCAGUGGGCAAAAAUGAGCAUUUGAAACAACAAGGCAAGUGUCAUCAGCAAACAGUAAAUUGAUCCAUGAAUACUGACUAUAUAAAAAACAAAAGAGGACCGAGGGUUGAACCCUGAGGUGUCCCAUUCAUUAGCUUGGUUUUAAAUGAGUUUUGCCUAUAUACAGAUACAUGAUAAUAGGGCCCGACCAAUAUGGAUUUUUUGGGGCCAAUGCCGAUACUGAUUAUUGGGGGGGCUAUCUUUAUGAUAUAUCUACAGAAUACCAUAUACUGUAGAUAUACUGUAGGCUACUGCUCUUCACGCCAACAGGAAAACCGAUUGAUCAAACUGGGACCAGAAAAGCAUUUUCAGCUAACCCCCCACUGCAGCCGCCGAUUGGCGCCUCCACGUCUUAACUCACAUUACUCAUUUUUGGUCCGGUCUCAUCUGGGGACAUGCAGCUGCCUCAGUAAGAGAAGUAGCUCGAUCACAUAAUGUGUACUGUUGUUUAUUCUACCGUUACUGGCACGGCUAACAGUGUAGCAAGGCUAAUAGCAGGUGGCUAACUCUAACUUUAGCUUGCGUAUGACAUGGUGCUUCACCGUUAACUCGGCGUGACCGAGACCAGCCCAUCAGGGAACAUCGUGAAGUGGGUUGUGAAACUUUUCAAAUAGCGGAACAUUUUUGAAGUGAAACCAAAUCCUAUUCUCCGCAUUUUAUUUCUGAAAAUAUAGGCGAAAAUCUUUGAGUUUUGGCUGAUUACCGAUAGGUCUCAAAUGGGCUAAAUUUGGCCAAUUUAAUUGGCUUGCCGAUAAAUCGGUCAGGCCCUACAUCAUAUAUGUUCUCUAUGCUUGUACACUAAAAAAAGUUCUCCCAGAGUUCUAUUUACUUGUUUUUAAUUAAUAAAGAGAACUAACAAGUCGUUUUUUUUUCCACAUUUAUGGUCUCCUCCGAACAGUAUUUAUAGUUGUUUGUACUUUUACCUCCGUAGAGGCUCUGAACACUCUCUCCCUUCCUGUUUGACUCAGUGAAGUAAAGCGUUCAUCCAGUGUUAAUAAAAAGCUCUGGCACUUGAAUGCUGCUCAUGUUGCAUUCUGAACAUUUCUGCGAGGGUUGUUGCUUGGUGAGAACUUGAGGACCAAAUGUACCGUCACUUUUUUUUUCAGGGGGGUUUUGUUCUUAAGCUUCCAGCCACCUUCACCUGAAUCCUCUUUUUUCAUUUAUUCACCACUUCGGCAUCAUGUAUCAUCAGUUAUAAAGAAAAUGAAACACUAACCUGCAGCGUAAUGCGGGUUGUUGUGUCACCUCUAUGAGGAGUGACAGCACAGAUGAGCCCUGAGGCCAGAGGCAGGCUGACAGGGACACUCGCAGCUUUUGUUCGAGUGUGGCUCAUUUCUUGGAAUGUGGUGCCGUCAGUUUCGUAAACAGAUGUGUUUUUUUCUUUUCUUUGCGCAGAAUAAAACCAAUCAGAUCGUUCCAGAGGUGACGGUGGAUCUGCGGGGAGCGACGAUUGGCUGGGCCUCGAAGGAAAAAUCAAGCAAGAAGAAUGUUUUAGAGGUGUGUUUGUUUGUUGGCAAAGAAAAAAAGGCUGUUGAGUAAAUGCCUCUAUCAUAAGUAAACACCUUUGUGACACGUGUGCUUGUAUUUUUAGCCCUCUUACCUUUUUCUUUAGGAUAUUUUCCUUCUAUAAAUAUCCCAGAGUAGAACACGUGUUGUGAGUAAAUGUGGUUUUGUGCAUAAUUAUUGCUCCGUAGCACCACUUAAGUGUUUUACUAUCUCUGUUUCAGUUAAAAGGCAAAAAUGGGGUGGAGUUUCUAAUUCAGUACGACACAGAAAGCAUCAUCAAUGACUGGCACAAAGUUUUAGUGGACACCAUAAGACAGCUGGUAAGUCGUUUCAAAAGAUUGGUUCAAUCUUUUUAAUUAUUUUAUCAUUUACAACCCCGUCCUGAAUUAAAACAAUAUGGCGGCAGAAAGUGUGUGCGGCUCCUGGGUACAAGGCAAUUUCAAUGAGUAAUAAUAGUGACUAAGUCUAUCACAUGAUACUGUGAUACUAUGACACUGAUCAAAUGAUACGCAUGAUAAAUCCUAUCCAACUGUAUCAUAUCAUACACCUCAUCAUUUUACAUUGUGUUGUCCAAUUUUGUCAUAUCAUAUUAUAUUACACAUCAUAUUGUAUCAAAUUUCAUCACAUAUCCAAUCAUAUCUCAACCUCAGUAUCAUUUAGUAUUGUAUGAUAUCAUAAACUGUAUCAUACUGUUUUAUAUCAUCUAUGGUGAGUAGGGGCUGUAUGAAAAAUAUUGAUUGAUGGAUUGAUUAAUAAGAGUUGUACUGUAUCCCAUGUAUCUUACCAUAUUGGAUAUUUUCACACCGUGUCAAAUAGUUUUGGAUCAUAUCAUAUCAUUUUUUUAUCAUAUCGUAUCAUAUUGUAUCAUAUUGUGUCAUAUUGUAUCUUUUUGAAUCGUAUCAUAUAGUCUCAUAUAAUUUUGAAUCACUUUUUAUCUUAUCGUAGAGUAUUGUAUUGUAUAGUAUCAUAUCGUAUUGUAUUGUAUCGUAUCGUAUCGUGUGGUAUUGUGCCUUAGUGUAUUAUAGCACACCGUUCCAAAUUCCAUUAUUAUUAUCAUGUCAUUUUUUUGAAUUUUUGAAUUUUGAAUUACAUUUAGGCUAGUAUCAUCGCAUGUCGUAUCGCAGUGUUUUAUCAUAUAAUGGUAUUACCUUCAUACUGUACCCUGUCAGAUCAUAUUACAUCAGACAGUAUCAUAUCUUUACAAAUCCUGUCAUAUGGUAUCAUACUUCCAUAUAAAAAAAAAAAAAUUAGUUGAAAAAUUUCAUGGUACGUUAUCUCAGUAUACUGGAGGAUGCAAAAGAGAGACUCUAAAAGGACUGAGUUCAAAAUCUGAGAAAAAAAAAAAAUGAUGUCAUUGACCUUUGCUUAAUGACAAAUGAUGCUGAAUUAGAGUUGAUUGAGUUUGAUCUGAAGUACAUAAGUAAAGGCCACAUUAUGCCUUACUUGGGUUUGAUUUACUAACUUUCUGUGCCCUUUUUCAGGAGUAUCAGGACCACCAUUCAGAUGAGGAGGAUGGUGAUGUAUAUGAGAAGAUCCCCGGCAUAGAGAAAGAAGACAAGGUCGCUGCAAGCAUCGACAAAAGAAGACGUACGAAAAGAAAAAUCUAUAUUUGUUCAAGUUUGGCAUGAAAUGUCAGGACUCCACUGUGUUUGAUAUAAUAAUAAGCUUGAGUUUUUUAUGAUUUAAAUGUCACAUUUUGCUUUUUACAGCUUCCAGGCCGAGUGUCGUGCACUCGUCCAGCAAUGCAGGAGAAAACGAUCAGAAGAGAGUUCGGACCAAGCUGAUGAAGUUUCUCAUGAAGCGUCCCACGCUGCAGUCUGUCAAAGAGAAAGGAUACAUAAGAGGUGAGUUCAAACAGCUAUAACACAAUGAUGAUAUUGACUGUUACUACUCCUAUUAAACAUAAUAUUGCUCUUUCUUUCCCUGCAGAAAAUGUAUUUGGAUGCCAUCUGACCACACUGUGUGCACAGGAGAGGACCACAGUUCCAAGUUUUGUAGAAAAAUGUGUCAGAGCAGUGGAAAAUAGAGGUAAUCAUCCCUGUCUGAAUGAGUGUGGUACCCUCUUGGUGAUUGCUUUAUAGAUUAAAGCUGAUUCACGUGUCGAUCUGCAGGUUUAGACAUUGAUGGACUGUACAGAGUGAGCGGGAACCUUGCGGUCAUUCAGAAGCUUCGCUACAAGGCAGAUCAUGGUAAAUGAACAGGAAUAUUAAACCCUCUUUUGACUGCAGCACCCCCUGCUGUGCGUUAAUGUACUGUGCGCCUGUUGUGUUUAAACAGAGGAGCUGGACCUCGAGGAUGGCCAGUGGGAGGACGUUCACGUCAUCACUGGAGCACUGAAGCUGUUUUUCCGAGAGCUUCCUGAGCCACUUUUCCCGUUCAGCCACUUUAACGACUUCGUUACAGCAAUCAGUGAGCAGAGUUUCACAUCUAUUAAACUACUUUAGUCUAACCAUUAAAGAGAAGCAGCACAAUAUACAGUAAAUAUUUCUAAUGCUGCAUCUGGCUGCUUAGUGUUCAUGAUUUUGAUCUUGUUUUCAGGGAUUCCUGAUUACAGCACCAAACUGGACUGCGUUCAUGAACUGGUCAAGACACUUCCUCCUGCAAAUCAUGAUACAAUGAAACUCCUUUUUGGACAUUUAAGCAGGUAUUUACAUCUAUCUUGAGUUUGUUUCCAUCAAACUGUGAAAUAACUUUACCAUUCGAGUUAGAUUUGUAGAUUAUGUUUUCUGGACCAUGGUCUUUCUAAUUUCACCUGUCUCUUUCUUUAACUUAUUUUGACUUUAACAGAUAAAACUAAAUGAUGAAUCCUCUCUCUUUCUCUUUGUCAGGCUGAUUCAGCACGGUGAGAACAACCGUAUGACCGUGCAGAAUGUGGCCAUCGUAUUCGGUCCGACUCUCCUCCGCCCGGAGAUGGAGUCGUCAAACAUCGCCAUGCACAUGGUCUUCCAGAACCAGAUAGUGGAGUUCAUCCUGAACAAUUACGAGCAUAUCUUCUGCUCCAGCUAAAGCUGCAAACACCCGAAUGUGCUGGAGUUAUUUUGAAAUUCGACAUUUAUACUCUGCAUGAACGAAAACAGCUUCAGUUUGGCAUCAACAACAAAAAUCCUCUUGUAAGAUAAACAAAAGGGCUCUUCAGAAUAUUUGAGAUUUAACCACAGAAAUAUUAGAUAAAGGAAUGUUCAAAUUGUACUCACUGAGCAUAUUUGAAGCAUGAUUAACCACUUUUUUUUACUCCAUACGAGGCUGACACUUUUAGAACUAUGUUUGGCAGUAUUGUUGGAUUAGAAAUCAGUCCACACAGGUGUAAACAGGUGUGAUCAAACGCACUAUCUCAGAGCUAUCAGCUGGUUGUGAUGGUGGUGAAAAGACUGUAUCAUAUUGCUCUUUGAGAGACCAGCUGUCUGAAUCUCACGAGUCACUUUCUGGAGAUUUUAAUGUUUCAGCGUUUUGGUUUUUAAACCUCAGAGAUAAUCGAGCCUGAGUCAUACUCGCACAGGUGCAUCAGUGCUCUGUGUGAACUUAUCAACAGUGGCUUUCACCUUCAUUUUAGAACAUUUAAUGACUUUCAAACUUGUUUUUUAAUUGCAGUUGAAGUUUAUCACAAAGGCCAAUAACUGAGAUUGUAUUCUAAUGUUUGUUUUUGUUGUUCCGAAGUCUUAUUUUUACCUGUGAAUUUAUUGUAAUAUAGAAAUGUAUAAAAGAAAUAUUAAUACAUACAUCCUGCUGUGAAGUAGAUGAUGAUAUAGAAUACUUGGGUUACGUGUAGAUUAUUUUAAAUCACGCUUUACAUGAGGAAAGUGUAUAACAACACCUGACAAAUAUGAACUAGUCAUUGAUACUUUGACCGCUGGCAGUAAAUAAGAGUGACCAUAAAGCAUAAAGUGGAUCUUAGAAGAGAUUUAUAAUCUGUAAAUAGAAAUAGAUGGCAUAUUUAUGCUAAGAGUUGUUGAAAAUGCACAAUAUUCAAUAAUAAAAAUAACUUUGUAAAAAAAAAAAAAGAAAAC